CGAAAAACAAAAUAAAAAUGUUAAAAACGUUUAACAAUCCUUCAAUCGAGGAGACGGCCAACUCAGGUACUGCUGAAAAACAGGAAGAAAAGAAAGAUGAAGGUGCUGAAAAUGAAAAGGAUGCGGCUACCGAAAAGACCGAACAGCCAGCCGCUGAAGCAGAACCGAAGGCUGACGAUGCCACUGCUGCUGUAGCAGCAGUAGAAACAAAGGAUGAAGAGAAACCAGCUGAAAAUGGAGAAGGAACUACGUCAACACCAGUGACUGACAGCGCCAAAAAGACGAAGAAGGAAAAGUCGAAAAAACGCUUCUUGCAAUUCCGCUCAUUCUUUUUCAGCAAGAAAGACAAAACAAAGCCGAAGAAGGAUGAAGCCGCCACUGCCACAACAACUGGUGAAUGCGAAAAGGUCCCCGAAAAGGGAACUGAAAAAACCACAACCGCCUACGCGGCUGCUGCUGUCGAACCAUCUGGUGAUGAAGAAAAGGCCGGUCGGUAAGACCAUUUAGAAGAACAAACACAUACACAAACCAUGGCCCAUUAUGAACUCAGGGCGGCCUAAACUAUCGCCUGGCACUUAUUCGGCUGAUGUGCCAGAUUAAGAAAACACGCGUCGGACUGUGAAAUCUA